UAACCACACCUGACUUCUUGUUUCUUCCUUCCCCAGAUGAGUGGAAGGAGAAGAUAGAAGAAGUUUAUGUUGCAAAUGAGUGUUUAACAGAUGAUGUUUAAUAAGUACAUAUUAAGCCGGGAUAAAGUACAGUAUCUGCCAACAUUUCUUAUCAAUGUAUUUACGUAAUUUUACACAUCAAUUUAAAUCACUCGAAGAAAAAAAACAAGAAUCAGUAUAUUUUAUUAUAAGCAGUUUCUCUUCCUACAUUUGUAUCCUUUCUGAAUCACAACACAAUUCAGUAUACUCGUCAUGUUGAAGUUGUGUAAAAAAACUUUAUAAAUUUAUUGUAAAUAUUCAAACGUAUCUUAUCUGGGUUAAAAUAUGAAUAUGUAUGUAUUUUUAUUUUCUACCACCAAUUAUUGAUAUGCAGAACUCAUACAUUCCAACAGCUGGUGUUGGCUCGAGAGAAAUGAGAACGUAAAUGAAUCCGUAUAAAACUCGUUUGGUCUCAUUUCAAAGUUAUUUUAAACUGAACAACAUCGAUACUUAAUUAUCGAACAGUCUAAUUUAACAUAGUACUUACAUUACAAUUCGAAAUAUGAUUUCACUGAACAAAAAGGAAAAUCAACGAUCGCAUGUGCUGAUGCCGGCUCUUAUUAGUGCCUGUGCAAUUCCAAUUUCAAUGCUAUUUUGGUUUGUAAACGUGAUUUACUCAACCUUUUAUUUGGAUUCUGAAAACCACUUUGAAGAACACCUGGUUGUGUCACCAUGGAGAUGGUUAACCGCUGUUGUAAUUCCAAUUUUUAUGGCUCUUUGGGGAUUGAAAAGAAAAAGCGUGGAUGUCAGCGGCGCUGUUCUUGGAUUAUUUAUGGGUUUCAUUUUAACACUUACAAGUUUUUGUCAUCUGGCUUGUCUCUUUGCAUUCUUUGUUACCUCCUCUAAAGCCACAAAGUUUCGAGCUCAUCAGAAAAGGAAACUUGAAGCAGAUUUUAAGCAUGGUGGCCAAAGAAACUGGAUUCAGGUUUUAUGCAAUGGUGGUAUGGCAACACAGUUAGCACUUUUAUACUUGUUGGAUGUAGGAUGUGUAGAACAACCAAUUCAUUUUGAUAAACACUACAGAAGUUCCUGGCUAUCAAUAGGGAUUUUAGGAGCGUUCGCGUGUUGCAAUGGAGAUACCUGGGCAUCAGAAAUAGGCUCAGUUGUUGGUAGUAAAGAUCCUUUUCUGAUUACUUCAUUUAAACGUGUUCCAAAAGGAACGAAUGGUGGUGUUUCAUGGGUAGGUCUAGCUGUUUCUGCACUUGGUGGUAUGACCGUAGGUUUGUUUGAUUAUUUAAUCAUACUGCUCACUGUAGAUACAGCCGUGCUUCAGUUAGCAGCACCACAAUGGCCUAUUAUUAUUGUUGGAGGAAUCGGAGGUUUGUUCGGUAGUGUAACAGAUUCUCUAUUGGGGGCCACUUUACAAUAUUCUGGUGUGAAUGAAAAAGGAGUGAUAGUAGAACAUCCGGGAAAGGGUGUGAAACACGUAUGUGGCAGACAAAUUUUGGACAAUCAUAGUGUGAAUCUUUUAUCAAGUGUUCUCACUGCCCUGAUAUUACCAGAAAUAGCAAAAUUAAAUUGGCCUUAAAAAAUACGUAUGUAUAAUUAAAUAUCCCAAUAUUUAAUUCAAUAUUUAAAUAAAGAUACAUAUAAUUAACUGUAAUUAAUUUAGCAAUACAGGCAUAUAUUUAUUUAAAUAUUUAAUUAAAUAUAUAUAUUUUUGUCCUCGAACGUGUUUUUUGUAAUAAAACGUAUAGUGAUAUAAACACUCGUUUCAUAUACCCGGUUGUCAUAUUUAAACUGAUCGUAAAUUGACAUUAGUUUACAAUUAUUUAUAUGUUACUCUUUAUUGUAACUAGAUGAUAUAUAUUAAGUUUAACAAAAAAAUAUAUUAAUUGGGUUUUUAACCGUCCAUAUAGUACUAUGUAUUUCCCGAAACUGAAAUGUUUUUAGUAAAAAUAAUGUAAAGAUUAUAUGUAAUAAAAAUAUAAUCCCCAUCGCGGGGACUGUAAAAUAUGUUAA